ACAGAGAGCCUUGUGCCACCACAGACAUCCAGCCAUCACUGGGCUCUGGAGGGAUACAUUCAGGAGAAACAGUAUGGAUGUCCCAAGUGUGGAAAAGAACUUAUUUGAAUCUCUUCUUCCUGGACAAGAAGGAGGUGUACACUAUCAACUUGGAAUCUCGCUAUUUAUUGAUACAAGGAGUUCCUGCAUUAGGUGUUAUGAAGGAAUUAGUUGAACAAUUUGCAUUAUAUGGUGCCAUUGAGGAAUAUCAUGCUCUAGAUGAAUAUCCAGCAGAGCAAUUUACUGAAGUGUAUCUUAUAAAAUUCAAAAAACUCCAAUGUGCAAGGGUGGCCAAGAAAAAAAUGGAUGAACGAAGUUUCUUUGGUAGUUUGCUGCAUGUGUGCUAUGCUCCAGAAUUUGAAACAGUCCAAGAAACUAGAGAGAAGCUGCAGGAUAGAAGAAAGUAUAUAGCAAAAGCAACAAAUCAAAGAGAUUGCUUUGUGUUAAGGAAAGUAGAAGGCCCUAAAAAGACAGCCUCAAAGAACUCUGAGCAAGACUGUCCAUGGAGUACAUCGGGAUCACAUGUAGCCAGUAACUGGGAUCCAUCCUGCUUUACAAGUUUUCCUGGGGUAUCCCACAACACAGCAUACCCAUCUGGGAAUCAGAAUCAGAGCCUGUUAACAUCUCCACACUAUGAUAACAAUUGUGCUGAAAUUCCUGGGUACUUUGGUCAAAACACAUCUUUAACUCCAGGUGUACAUCCAGGAGGACAUACUCCACCAGCUUCUUUAAUGCAGCAAAGAAUGGUUCCAGCUUACAAUGGAAUUGACAGGUUUAUGCCUCGUACAACUCAUCUGCAAGAACGUAAGAGGAAGAGAGAAGAAGGCAGCAAAUUUUCCCUCAUUGGAACAAGUGAGGACAAUACUGAAGUUGUUAUUGGUCCACAACUACCAGAAAUACCUAAAGUGGAUAUGGAUGAUGAGUCUUUGAAUACUUCAGCUACAUUAAUUCGAAAUAAACUGAAAGAGGUAGCAGAUUCUGUUUCAACGGCUGUGGAAAAGCCAGAGAGCAGCUCAGCCAAACCACUUGUAAAGCAGAGAAGAAGAAUAUAGAUGCUGCUGGCAGCAUCUUCUAAUAGUUCUUUUGUAAAGAAUAUAGUUUGAAAUACAUAUUUUUAUGUAAAAAAUAAAACUUUCUUUAUACUGUA